AUGGAGCGAGGAGCCAAGAGGACGGGGCCGGUGCUCCCGGCCGCCCGCCCCGGUGCCCACCUGCGGCCCCCCGUGCUCCUGCCUCUCCUGCAGCUCCUGCAGCUGGCGGCGGGGGGUCCGCUGGGCCCGCUGUACCUCAUGCCGCCCAGCGUCCUGCAAGCGCUGUCGAGCCGCGGGACGCUGGUGCUGGAGGCGGCGCUGAGGAGCGCCCUGCUCGCGCUGGAGGCGGCCCUGGCUGAGCAGCAGCGGCAGCGCGGCGCCUGCGGGCUCUGUGCCCCCUGCCUCUUCCCGCCCUGCGCCAACCUCACCCGCCGCUGCCCACCACCAGCCGUGCCCCCCACCAUGCCCCCCAGCUGCCAGACCCUGCUUGAUGCCCAGGCACUGCCCGAGCUGUCCCAGCGCAACUGGGCGCUGAGCCAGGCGUGUGCCCCCUACCAGCGCCUGUGCCCAGCUGAGGGGGCCCAGGGGGAUGCCUGUGUCCCACUCAGCGCCGGGCAUUGCCGCCGCCGCCUCCAGGAGUGYCGGCUGGCGACCGCGGCGCCGAGCGCGGCGGCGGCAGCAGAGGCGGCGACGCCAGGGAGCUGCGGGCACCGCGCGGGCCCCCGCGCCAACGCCACGGCGCCCCGAGGACGCAUCAUGGGCGGCGGCGCGGCGCCGCACGGGGCCUGGCCCUGGCUCGUGUCCGUGCGGCUGCAUGGGGAGCUCAUGUGCGGAGGGGUGCUGGUGGGACCCGCCUGGGUGCUCACGGCCGCCCACUGCUUCGCUGGGCAGCAGAACGAGCUGGCGUGGACCGUCGUGGUGGGCGACCACGAGCUGAGCAAGAGCGACGCGGGCGAGCGGGCCGUGCCCGUGCGGCGCAUCCUUCCUCACCCCAAGUUCAACCCCAAGACGUUUCACGGCGACCUGGCCCUGCUGGAGCUGGCGGCGCCCCUGGCACCGUCACCCACCGUGAGCCCYGUGUGCCUGCCCAGCGGCCCCGCGGAGCCCAGCCCGGGCACCGCCUGCUACAUCGCUGGCUGGGGCUCYCUCUAUGAAGAGGGGCCGGCGGCCGAGGUGGUGAUGGAGGCGCAGGUGCCGCUGCUCAGCCAGGAGACGUGCCGCGGCGCCCUGGGCAAGGAGCUGCUCACCAGCGCCAUGUUCUGCGCCGGAUACUUAUCCGGCGGCAUCGACUCCUGCCAGGGCGACUCGGGGGGCCCGCUGGCCUGCCAGGACCCCUCCUCACACCGCUUCGUCCUCUACGGCAUCACUUCGUGGGGCGACGGGUGCGGUGAGCGGGGCAAGCCGGGCGUCUACACCCGCGUCGCUGCCUUCACCAGCUGGCUCAGCCUCCAGAUGGACGCCCCGUACACCAGUCGGGAGCCCAGCUGCUUCGAGCUGCUGGCGCUGUCCCAGCUGCGCCCGGAGCAGCAGCCGGCCGAGCGCUCCCGCCUCUGCGCCUUCUACACCAGCGGCUGCCCAGCGCCCCUGGGCCGCGCCGCGUGUGCCAGCCGCGCCGAGGAGAUGUGCCGAGCCCGGAGGCGGCGGUGYGAGCUGCACGCCUAUGCCCAGACCUUGGUGGAUCUCCUSCGCCAAGCUGGGGACUUCUUCCGAAACCAGCUCGACUUCUCCUUCCUCACCCGCACCCUGCCCCAGCUYGUGGGCAGGAUCUACAGGCACCUCUUCCCUGCCCGUGUCCGCAGGGAUGCCCCAGGUCUGUCCAUGGCAGGGAGCCAGCCCAGCCCCACAGCAGAGAGUCACCUGGGACAUCGUACCCUCCCCACCAGGCAGGUUGUCAGGCAGUCACCCCCUUUCGCUGGGCUCUUUGGGACUGUAGGACCUCAGCUGCAGGACUGGGUGGAGGCACUGAGGGCCAUGGCAGGGAGCAGCUCCUCAGCACCCAGCCCAGAUGGGGAGAAGCUGCCCGGAGAGACAUGGCUCUUUCUGCAGCAGGGUGAGGAGGCAGUGGAGGAGCUGGUGGGCCAAGGCAGAGCCUUCCUCACCCAGCUGCGGGCAGAGCUGGGCCUGGCCACCCGCCUYGAAGCCACGGAGCUGCAACAAGCACCCGGAGACCCGUCAGGGAGCCCUGUGCUGAAGCGCGGGCACCUGCAGGAGAAACAUGAUCUGGUGCCCACAUUGCCCGAGGGGAAGGAAGAGGAGACCGUUGAGAGCCGAGGCUGUGCCGGUCUCAACGAGUCGGCAGUGCGGGUCAGCGCGGUGCAGGASCUGUACGCCUGGGUGCUGCGGGUGCCCGAGGCUGACCUGGCCAUGACUUUCCAGGAGAUCCUGGUGGACUUAGGCUCCAAAAACGCCAAGGGGCUGUACCGGGCUCAGGUGCGGGCCAUGGUGGGGGGUCGCUCCACGGCUUUUGCUGGCCUCGUGGGCCUGGAGAGCGACUCGCUGGCCCGUAGCAUGCCUGGCCUGGUGGCCUUGGCGCUCGAGGCCUUGAAAACCUAA